AUCUGAUAUCAAGUGGACGAGAUCCUCAGACUUAAGGAAAUCCAAUAUACGCCAAUAACUAAAGCGCUUGAGAUGCCACCAAAUCCCACCAGUAAUAUUUCCAAGUCCUAUUUGAAAUCCUUCCUUGGGAUAGGUUCACCAAUUGGGGCGCUCAAACCGCCACCUAUCAGCCGCCAUUCCGCCAACCAACUGACCACCAACCAUCCGUGUCAGACCUUCCAUUCAUACGUUUCAUCAUCGUAACAUACCAUCUAACCCCCAUGUGCCAGCGAAGACGUGUUUACUGGGCUUGUCUACACGAGGACGUCAAUGUCACCCCGCCGUCGCCCCUCCUUUAUUGCGCUAAUGCCACGCCACGAACGGACGCUGGCAGCGGCGACAGCGACGGAAACAGCAUCCGCCAUAACGACCUCAAGCCGUGCGCCUCCGUCGAUACACUCCCGCUCACUGCAAAGCACGAUUUGUUUAACGCGGUUAUGCAUCCGGAUAGUUGCGAGGUCUGUGUCGCCGAUAGCACUACUACCGGCCUAUCCGGCCGAGAGACUAUAACGAUUGACGAUGAACCGUCGACGGGCGAUGACGGAGCUAAUAAUAUAGAAAAUUACCACCAGGACGUGAUAGGAGACUCUGAAGAAGACAUGUUCGAUUUAGAUUGGAUUAUAGACGACCAUUUGCUUCAAGAAUCUCAAAGGACAUUUAGGGAAGUGGUGGCCGGGGAAGAACAGCCCCCCGGCUCCAUCGACGGAGUCUGGUUCCCGGAUGCGGGGCCCGCGUCGGAGGGGGAUUUUCAACUCUAUGAUGACGAUGAUGAUAGAUUCGUAGAAGACGAUAUGAAGGAUAUUGGUAGCAAGGACGGGCAUAUGACACCAUUGUUAUAGCAUUACGCGUUCGUGGUGUUGUUAUGGUAUCCAAGUUUGGCAUUAUCAAAAUACUGGUACCUCUUUUUUCGUACUCCUUGAAUAAAGGUCUAGCUAGCUAUGGCACGAUGUGGCUAUAUCUACGAAAGUUGGGUAGAGGUGAACUAAAUAGUCUAAAAGACCUUACCGACAAUAUCUCCUGAAUAGGAGACGAAAUUACUGAAUAUUAGUAGGAUAUGCCUUCAACUCGAAGGCUUCAAGUGUGUAUUUACAGAAACAGUCUUUUCCUAAAUAUCUUAGC